AUGCGUUCAACCAAUGUCAUUCUCGCAAUUCUUUCCCUCUUUUCUACCAUCUCUGCGCUUGCGGCUCCGAGAUCUGCAGCUUUCCAUGCGGGAUCGAAUGUGUUUGAGAAGGAUUGCCAAUGUUCUGCUAUGGGAUCCGUCUGCCACAAAGCAUCCCAUAUCAAUUGCUGCAAUGGAUUAUCCUGCGAAAUGAUGGAUAAUCCCAAUGGGGAUUAUGGUAUUUGUCGCGCGUCGAAUGAUCGUAAGAAGGAUGAGAAAUGCAUGUGUUCCAUGUCUGAUGAUAUUUUAGAUGUGUGUCAUCCAAAAUCCGACAUUAAUUGCUGUUUUGGUCUCUUUUGUGAUAUGACCAAUAACCCCAAUGGCGAUUAUGGAAAAUGUAAACCUUCGCAUGAGUCGAAGAAUCCACUCAAGAAAAUCGAAGAUGCGGAAAAAUGUUUGGAAUCGGGUUACUAUCAAGCAAUGCAUUGUAAUUUGCAAGGUGCACCACCAUGUUGCUCCGGAGCAAAAUGUAACAAGGUUGGAAGAUCCGAUAGCCCAAUGUUUAUGUGCGAAAAGGAAUCCGAUGAUCAAGAUGGUGAUGACAAGUGUUUGAAACCUGGUUGUAUGGUUACCCCUCCUCACUAUCUGCAUCAAUACUAA